UAUCAUGGCUGCCAGUGACGUACUUCCGGGUAAUUUCACUCCGUUAGGAAGGUUCCUAAGCUAAAUGGACUAUUGGACUGCAGCCCUGCCCUCAUAGAAUGAACGAGGCCCCGCCUCCAACGCUGUAUCCAGUUCUACAUCCAUGUGUUCUACUGCAUGUAAACAACUCGGAUAUAUUUGGAAGUUAAAGCCGAAAACGGACGUAUUCCUCCUCUGGGGAAAUCGCAGAGGGACCAGUAGUGAAGGUAUUGGAGGUUAAACGUGAAGAUUUCUUCUCAAAUUUUAAGAGAACUUUCCCCAGUCUUGGUCACCGUAAUAUUGAUGCUCUCUUUGGCCGCGCUACUCUGGUGAGGAAAUGGCAGCUCAAAACUACGUACUUCAUGUCCAUACCUCAAUGGACAUUAUCAGGAAGAUGACUUUAUCUUCAAGUCCAGAAUCUGUGGAUGAGCUAAAAACCAUGAUAAAAGAAAAGUUUAAGCUAGACUUUGACUUUAACUUAUCAUACCAAGAUCCAGACUUUGACGGGAGGUUAUGUUCCCUUGUAGACAUCGAGGAGCUUCCAUUAAAGGCUGUAUUGCUAGUUACGAAGUCUGAGAGUGAUGACAGUUCCGAAGCAUCAGAGGACACAACAAUAUUGCCCCAUGACAUAACUCCAGAGAGGGCAGAGGGAUGGCCUGCUGUUUUUCCAGUGCCCACUUUUGCCUUGCAGGUAGAACUCCUACUCAAUGAGGGAAAUCUUACAUAUGAGAAAACAGAGAAAACUCUAAAGCUUUCUCGGGGUCAAAAGCACAUCAUCCUUGAGAACCUUGCAACCAAAAUGCAUAGCUUCAAGGCAUACCCCAAUGAUAAGGAGGUUUCAAUUGUAGCAGAAGCACUGGUCACUAAGCAUCCUUGUCUAAAAGAGCCAGGGUCUCAGACAGGAUGGUGCGGCUGGAGAAAUAGUCUGAAGUUUAAGAUGGGGAACUUCCGCACAAAGUUAAGUCGAGCAGGAUUUCACGAGGUAGCUGUCAAUUCUGGGAAGAGGAGUAGAAACAAUCCAGACAAACAAGCUCCCCACUGUAACAUCAAAAGACCAAAGAGGGCAGAGGUGAAUUUCUUGCCUAAUUUCCCACUCGGUGAAGAUGGUACAAGCCUUGAGCGAUUGAGACUCCAAAUGGUAGAGGAAGUUAAGAUGAGAGACAAAAACCUUCCCCUGAUUGCAAAGUUAAUGCAGACUACCUUUGCCCUGCGGCGCAAUGAGGUCAUCAAUGAUGAGCUACCUGUUGGCCAGAUCCUGGAACGCUGGCCUGCUUUGAAAAUAGAGUCACAGAUUUGUGCCGAGUUUCAGAGGAUUGCAAACAUCAACCUGAAGAAGCACUUCUAUGCUGAGUUGGAUCGGCAUGCCCCCCGUCUUCAGAGCCUGUUCAGAAAGAAAGCUGCACGCAAAGGGAAAGUAGCUGAAGGUCUGGAUCAGCGAUUCAGCUCUUAUGACCUCCAGGAACAAGGCGACGUCCAUGUCCUCCGUGCUGCUGUCCUCCGGGCUCUGCCUGCAUAUCUGCAUGAGGAUGACUCCAGGUUUCUGAAGCCGUGGCAUGUGGCGCAGUCCGAUGAACCGGACAUUGAUGACAUGGCCGUUGGACUUCUCUUGAUCAGUGCCAAGUCAGAAAAUACCACGCUCUGCUGCCCAGAGAGGAUCGCUGUGGUACUGGAGGGGAGCAGAGUGUUCGAACUCCCCAGAUUGGCUGAGGCAUUCAUCCUGCUUUAUGCACUGAUCUAUGCCCUGAAUCUAAGUUACCCAAAAGACUUGGCCAACACCUUUGACUUCACCCAGAAAGUCUUGAUGGGCCAGGACGAUCGGAAGCUGAGGCCAAGAGUGUUGAGCCUUAAAAAUGUCCUGUUGGCAGUGCAGUGAUCUCACUCUAUGAACAAAUAAAGUUGCCCUUUAACAGGCACCACAUACCGUAGGCGUAGAGCACUGUAUUGUAUAUCUGUUUAUUUUACAACAAAGUCUUUUGAAUGUUUCAAUAUUCAACUUGAAGUUUGAAUUUGUUACUGUUCAACUUGAAGGAGUGUUUGUAGAUGUGUAAAUCGUAUGGACAACAUGUUCCUGUUCUUUAUGGUCCAUGUGGUAAACUGAGCAGCAGAACUGUUCCAGGUCACAUUGUGUUUGACUCAUGCAAGUGAUGGUUCAAAAAGUGGCUCUGGACAUUUCUCAAGGCCUGUUUUUAAGGUGUUUCGUUUUUAAAAGUGAACUAUUUGUCAAACAAUACAUAUUCUUGUUUGGUAAAUAGUUUAUGGUUAUUUAAUAAAACAGUGACUUGUAUAUAAA